GCGAGCUCGGCCCCCGCGCCCCUGCCGGGGAGGUGGUUCGGAGGACGGCGGAGAAGCGGCCCGGGGCCCGGGCGGCGGGGCCAGCAUCCCUCGGGCCUUCCGUCUCGGGGCGCGCGGCUGACCUUGACCCCGGGGGCGGCCGCGGGACCCGGGGCGGGGGCGCUCCCUGCGGUGCGCCCGGAACUUUUAUGGAACCGGUGCCCGGGGCUUGGGAUUCUUGCUCUGCAGCGGAGGGAACUGAGGCCGGGAGAGGCCGACCUGCGCGCCCAAGGUCACACAGCUGCGGGGCGGGCGGCGGGUGGACCCGGGUUGGAAGCCGGUUCUCAGCUCACGCGUUGGGGCCUCCGGGGCCCGGUCUCCGUGCCCCUUUCCCGCAGCCCAGGGGGUGCUAGGCCUGCUUCGUCCCAUCCCCUGCCCCUGCCGAGAAUGUUAUUUUGGAGGAAGGACAGGAAAAUGCAGGAUGAAAAGUAGUGGUUUGCAGCUGCCUCGGGGCGCCCCGAGGUAAGGGGCGUGUAGGUAAGGGGGCGGAUGGUUUACGUGCACAGUUGUCGCUGGGGAAAGCAGGUGACCACCCAGUGUUUGACCAAAAAACGGGAAACUUCCGCUAAAACGACUGGCAGAUGGACUCAGAGAGUUUUUUAAGCCCUCAGUAGUCCCCAGGAUAGUAGGAGUAUUUUGGAAAAAUGAGAGCUUGUAACAGUUUUGUUUUGUUUUGAUUUGAGGAAUGGCAUGAUGACUGUGACAUUAUUUAUCUGUUGUUCUAUAAUUUGGGUCUUAGGAAUUAAAGUAAUCGAUUGAGGAAUGGGUAGUACCUGAGAAGUAAUUGAGAAAUGAACACACACUUUUUUUUUUUUCUUUUGCCCCAGAAAUGUGGGAAGAGCUAAGAGUUUGCUUUAUGGUUCUGUGUUUUGAUAAUUCCUCAUACUUGUCAAGCAUUUUUGUUUAUGGACGGGAGUCUUGGAGCUCCCCUUCCUGUUUGUAUUGAAGGGCUGUGUAGUGUCGGGGAGCCAGGGCAGGCCAGAGCCCUGAACCUGAACUUCGGGGGUCUGGGGGCCUAGGCUCCGGUCCUACCUCUGCUUGAGCUUGCUGGGGGCCCCUGUGCAAGUGUGUUAACCAAAUCAGGUCUCAUUUAGCAAAAUCUCAUUACUCUGGUAAAGAAUAUGCUGGAAGGCACAAACCUACCUGCUGAGUCUUGUUUCGCUGGAGAGAGCUUGAGGGUUCCUGGCGGGGGUGGAAGGGGAAGGAUCUCUGUGUUCUGGGGGAGAAUCUCAGGAAUGGCUGAGGAGAGUCCUCCCUGGAUGGUGAGGAUGGCCGGCCCCGCCUGGCCCCAGGGAGGCCUGUGGGCCCAGCCCUUGCCCAGUGAGCUGCCCUCAGAGCCCUGGACCAGAGGGAAACGGAGGGCAGGAGAUGGAAAGAUCUUUGAAAGAGGUCACCACGGGCCUGUGGGGUGCUGAGGCCAGUGCUUUGUAGUUACACUGGCCACUUAACCGCUGUAUGACGUGGGCCAAAGACUUAAAUUCUCCUGCGCCUUGGUUUCUUCAUCUAUGAAGUGUAGAGAUGAUCAUACCCAUUUAUGAGAUUAUUGUAAAAAUUAACUGAGAUAUACAAGAGAUAUACAGGGUCAGUGACUGACUAUGGCAGUUUUUGUUUUAGGGAGGAGGAGCAUGAGGUACCAGGGAGGAGGGCUGUUUGUAGGGUCAAGACGGUUUUGCCCAACGCUGGCCCCUGGGUUGCAAAUCAUCACUACGGGACACGCCCCUCCCUGCCACCCAUCUCGUAUCAUGAACUAGCCUCUCCUGGACCCUCUCUCUUCUAGGUUCAGGGUAUACAAGACAGACAGAUGGGUAUGGGUGAGGGUUGCGGGCCGCUUCUUGAAGGGGAGGCCUGGUGGAGGCGGGAGGUUGUAUCAACUGGAGUGGCUUUUGGAGCAUUUUUGAGAAACACUCAGAAGGCCAGUGUCCAGCUGGGACACUGAGAGGCUGGUGCCUUGACCUGUGUGCUGGUCAGCUUCCUCAGUGUGACCUGUGCUGGGGGUUGGGGGGGAGUUGGAAGCUGUGGAGGUGCUGAGGAAUACGUGAGGUCCAGAGGGACAGGUGGCACGCUGUCAGCCCUGGGGGGCGAGCUCCCUGGGAAGGUGAAGCCACACUCUAUAGUUUCAUUGAAUUCCGGCUCAGUUUAUUUUGGGACAGGCCCACUCACUUACAAUUGGGGUGGAAUUUUGUGAAAAAAAGGCAAGGCCCGAAGUGAUUCUUAAUUUAUGGAAGACUCCAGGUACCUGUUUGCUGGCCAUUUAUGAAAUGGGAACUUUCUGAGCUGUGAGUGGGGGGCCCAGUAUCUGCUUUUGGAGCUGGUGGCAGGUGUGGCUCAGAGGGACCCCAGGGCCCAGGCCUCUGGACUAGGGGUGCCCCAGAUCCCCAAAGGCACCCUCUGCCUUCUUCCUUCCUGUGUCCUCCUCACUUCCCUGUGCACCUCUUCCUCUUCCCACGUCUUCCUCCUCCCCUCUCCCCACCUUUUUUUUUUUUUUUUUAAAGAUUUUAUUUAUUUAUUCAUGAGAGCCACAGAGAGAAAGAGGCAGAGACACAGGCAGAGGGAGAAGCAGGCUCCCUGCAGGGAGCUCAACGUGGGACUUGAUCCCGGGUCUCCAGGAUCAGGCUCUGCACUUGAAGGCAACUCUAAACCGCUGAGCCAUCCGCUGAGCCAUCCGCUGAGCCAUCCGGGCUGCCCCUCUCCCCACCUUUUAUGCAGCAAACGAGAAGUAAGACAUGAGCAGCCAGCAGCCCGGGCUGGGCCACAUGCAGUGCAAGCUGGAGUGUGGUGAGGAUGAGUCCAGUUGUGCACAGAGCUCCGGGUCUAGACUCAAACCAUGAAUUACGUCGGGCAGUUGGCCGGCCAGGUCUUUGUCACCGUGAAGGAACUCUACAAGGGGUUGAACCCCGCCACCCUGUCUGGAUGUAUCGAUAUCAUCGUUGUUCGCCAGCCCAACGGGAGCCUCCAAUGCUCUCCUUUCCACGUGCGCUUUGGGAAGAUGGGGGUCCUGCGUUCCCGAGAGAAAGUGGUUGACAUAGAAAUCAACGGAGAAUCAGUGGAUCUGCACAUGAAAUUGGGAGAUAAUGGAGAAGCAUUUUUUGUUCAAGAGACUGAUAAUGAUCAGGAAGUGAUCCCCAUGUACCUGGCCACCUCCCCGAUCCUGUCGGAGGGAGCUUCGCGCAUGGAGUGCCAGCUGAAAAGGAGUCCUGUAGAUAGGAUCAGAAGCCUGGACCCCAACACAUCAGCCCAGGCCCUGCCUCCCAGUGAGGCCCCUUCGAGCGGCUCGUUAGUAAAGAAGAGAAGGAAAAGGAGGAGAAAGUCUCAGCUGGACACCCUGAAGAGAGAUGACAACACAAACACCUCUGAGGAUGAGGAUAUGUUUCCCAUAGAGAUGAGCUCCGACGACCAGGCUGACCCGCUGGACAGCAGUAGAAAUCUUCCUAACGAUAUACCUGUAUUCCAAGAAGAUGUUUCUAAGGAAAGCCCUUCCCCCAUCAUGACUUAUCCUCAGUCGGCAUCAUACCCUAAUUCUGAUAGAGAGUGGUCACCCAGCGCAAGUAGCCCGAUAGAUUGCCAAAGGACUGCCCCCCACCUGGCAGUUGCGGCCGAGGGAGGCCUUUCUAGCUCUUGCCCUCCACAGCCUUCAUACUUCCAUGCUUCAGAAAGUCCUUCAGGUUCUCGACCUUCGACACCUAAGAGUGAUUCAGAAUUGGUCAGUAAGGCCACCGAUAGGACGAUGCAGAAGAAUAACCUAGAAAUGCUCUGGCUUUGGGGAGAAUUGCCACAAGCUGCAAAGUCAUCUCCACACAAGAUGAAAGACUGCAGUCCGUUAAACAGUAGAAAAAUCUGUGAUAAGAUGCACUUUCAGACCAUUCACAGUGAAUCUUCAGAUGCGUUUAGUGACCAGUCGCCAACCCUGGCCAGGCUGCCCGUGACGUCCAUCCCAGAGCCGGGCAGGCCUCCCACGGAGAUGCAGUUUGUGAACGAAGAAGAUGUCGAGGCCUUAGGGGCUGCAGCCCCGCCUUUACCUACAGUUGAAGAACCCAAACCACUCUCUGCCAGCGUAGCCUCGACAGCAAGCAAGACGGAUUCUCCUUCCAGGAAAAAAGACAAGCGGAGCAGACACCUGGGUGCUGACGGCGUCUACUUGGAUGACCUCACAGACAUGGAUCCUGAGGUGGCUGCCCUAUAUUUUCCUAAAAACGGAGAUCCUUCGGGGCUCGCCAAACACGCCAGCGACAACGGAGCCCGGUCGGCCAACCAGUCCCCGCAGUCGGUGGGCAGCUCUGGCAUCGACAGCGGCGUGGAGAGCACCUCGGACGGCCUGCGGGACCUGCCGUCCAUCGCCAUCUCCCUGUGCGGGGGCCUCAGCGACAACAGGGAGAUAACCAAAGAUGCAUUUCUGGAACAAGCUGUGUCCUAUCAACAGUUUGUGGACAACCCGGCUCUCAUCGAUGACCCCAAUCUUGUGGUGAAGAUCGGGAAUAAAUAUUAUAACUGGACAACAGCAGCGCCUCUGCUCCUGGCCAUGCAGGCCUUCCAGAAACCUUUGCCAAAGGCCACUGUGGAAUCUAUCGUGAGGGAUAAGAUGCCCAGAAAGGGAGGAAGAUGGUGGUUUUCAUGGAGAGGAAGAAAUACCACAAUCAAAGAGGAAAGUAAGCCAGAGCAGUGCUUGGCUGGGAAGAGCCACAGCACCGGGGAGCAGCCGUCACAGCUUAGCAUGGCCACCAGAAUAAAACAUGAAUCAUCCUCCAGUGAUGAAGAGCACGCAGCUGCCAAGCCAUCAAGUGCAAGCCACCUCCCUCUGUUGUCCAAUGUCAGCUACAGGAAGACCCUCCGGCUCACUUCAGAGCAGCUGAAAAGCUUAAAGCUGAAGAAUGGCCCGAACGACGUGGUGUUCAGCGUGACCACACAGUACCAAGGCACCUGUCGCUGCGAGGGCACCAUCUACCUGUGGAACUGGGACGAUAAAGUCAUCAUCUCCGACAUUGAUGGGACCAUCACCAGAUCAGAUACUCUUGGCCACAUUCUGCCCACCCUGGGGAAGGAUUGGACCCACCAGGGCAUCGCGAAGCUGUACCACAAAGUGAGCCACUUGUGGAACCCUGGUCCUCUCAGUGCCUUCCCAGGCCAGAGCUGGCGACCCUGGGGAAGCUUUUACCUCCUUGCUGACUCCCAGAAUCUCGGCCUAGCUUGUUGGAGUGCAGGUCCACGUGGGGCUCGCUGUGAUGCUCCCGUGGCUGGCUGUGGAAACGGCUAUAAGUUCCUCUACUGCUCCGCGCGGGCCAUCGGGAUGGCGGACAUGACGAGGGGCUACCUGCACUGGGUGAACGAGCGGGGCACGGUGCUGCCCCAGGGGCCCCUGCUGCUCAGCCCCAGCAGUCUCUUCUCGGCCUUGCACAGAGAAGUGAUUGAGAAGAAGCCAGAGAAGUUUAAAGUCCAGUGUUUGACAGACAUCAAAAACCUGUUUUUCCCAAAUACAGAACCCUUUUAUGCUGCUUUUGGAAACCGACCAGCUGAUGUGUAUUCAUAUAAGCAAGUAGGAGUGUCUUUGAACAGAAUAUUUACCGUCAAUCCCAAAGGAGAACUUGUCCAGGAACACGCAAAGACCAACAUCUCCUCGUAUGUGAGACUCUGCGAAGUGGUGGACCACGUUUUCCCAUUGCUAAAAAGAAGCCAUUCUUCGGACUUCCCCUGCUCAGAUACUUUCAGUAAUUUCACCUUUUGGAGAGAGCCACUGCCACCUUUUGAAAACCAGGAUGUUCAUUCUGCCUCAGCGUAAAAUGUUGCAAGCAGCCUCCUGACGUCAUGUGAAGACCAAGCACCCCCCAUUAAAGGAUAGGUUUGGGAGCCACGGAGCAGGAGCUCCAGAGCCUGACAUGCAGUCAUUUGCUAAAGAGCAGAGAAAUUUGGGGCUUUUCUGUCCCCAUGCCCUGGGGGCUUGAACUUUCUAAGUGAAAUAUGAAGGGUGGACUUUAUAGGCGAGAAUUGGGUACCUUCAGAGCGGGAAGGUACCCCCCGGUCGUGGCCUAAAGGCGGUCGCCCCGCUGCCCUGACCUGUCUGCUCUCGGGGUUCCUUACUGGUCCUGUGCAUCAUGGUGGGCCACUGAAACCGAAGCAGAGGUGGCCGCCUGGGGGUCCCCGCUGACGACAGUUCAGCUGAGGGACACCAGACACGCAGGACUUUGGUAGAGUAGGGGCACAUUUCCACCUGUGGAGGUGGGUGCCCCCUGUUCCGCACAUGGGUGGGGGCCUAGGGUCCCGAGACCUGCCUCUGCAGGGUUUCCGCCCUCACUGUGCUGGCUCGGCCUGGGGGUCCUCUGUGGCAUCUGCCGACGGGUCUGAUGGUUAGGCCCUAAGUUCUUUAAUUCCUUUGGUUAAAGAUGACCUACGUAGUUGGUACAUCUCCCCUCCCAUUGUUGUGGCCCAACGCUGGAGUAUUUAUGCCUUAAUGCAUCUGGGGCAGAUGUUUUAUUUAGAAUGUGCUUUGUCCGGCUCUGCAAUGCCUUAAGUUCAGAUCAUAGUAAACACUCGUAGGGCAGUAUUUCGAAUCCACCCGACACUCUCCAGCCCCUCUCCAGAGAGCUGGUGCUCUAAACGCGGAUUCGCUUGGAGCUCACACCAAACGGUAAUGAUGUCGACUUCUGUGGGGAGCUCUCAAACCAGGUGGUUUUACAAAAAUCGUUUCAAGAAGCUAUGUCCUUUGUAGAUACGCUUAUUUAUUACUUACUCUGAUUGGGUUACUGUUACAAGCAUUUUAGCCAUAGUCUUUCUAUUAGAGCUGUCAUUAAUGCAUUAAAAAGAUAAAGAUGUUAAAGUAUCCAAAGAGCCUUAUUCUGUGUAUCUCACAGACUGACCCUCUUUCGGAGUGUAUGGGUAAUACUUCUUAUUUUCCUUUGCUUUUCCCACCGAAAUUAAGGGCAGGUGGAUAAAUAAGAAUUCGAGCGACAUUCUUUUAAGUGGGCAGAAGAUGAUUCCUUUACUUGUUUAUAAAAUUGGCUUGUGGAGAGGACAGUUUGAAAAGUGAAAGAAUUAUUUUGGUAAAAGAUUUUGCUUUACUUUUUGAAGUAUUAUUUUUUUAAAGAGUGUUUUACUCCAAUGAUUGAAACGCUUUCCUAUUUAAAUCGCAUUGUGUUAGUGUCAGAACCUGCGACAGUUGAAUGAAAUUUUACUCUUUCUGUGAAAGAAAACCCAGAGGUGUUGCCUUCAUUGUAGCCGGUGGGCUCUGUUAGCAAGGGGGGCCUCUCCGGAACGGUGCGCCUGGCCAUUCGAAGGGCAAACACACGUGUGUCGUCGAUCACAGAUUUGCCUAGAAACGUGAACACGCAUGUGCAGAUUCCCUUUGGGAGGCAUUAAAAAAUAAAAAAUAGUUCUGCCUUAA